CUCAUGGUGGUGAACUAGAACGCCACCCUUGAGGAUGCCAUCCAACCUGCUCGACGGCGCCUCCUCCUCUUCCGACUCGGAGGAGGAUGUCUCGCCCCCGCCUCGCCACUCUUUGCAGCACACUUUGCCCACCAAUCACUCCAAUCAGCCUGGCGGGCCUCCGCCGCCGCCGCUGCGCCCGGCGGGCGCAGCGGCGUCACUACCGCUGCGAGUGCCGCCUCUCGCGAACAUCGUCAUCAUGCCGGUUCGGCGUUAUACGGCGACCGCCGACGGCGCCCGCUUCCUCGAGGGCGAGGGCGUUCUGCACCUCACGGGUGGUGUGCUGCGGCACGUCUGCUGCCCGUCCUCGUCGUACGACUCCACGCCGCGCCUCGGCCGCCUGCGCCAGGUGAAGCGUGAGCUCGAGGAGCUGCUCGCGGGACGCGCCGCGGGCGCGGGGGACGGCGUCAGCUGCAACAACAACGGGAGCGACUGCUGCGACCCCGGAGACGGCGUCGGUGAGUGCAGCGCUUGCGGCGUCGGCUGCGCGGUCGCGGGUGGGGGCGCGGGCGGAGGCGCCGGCGGAGGCGCCGGCGGGGGCGCGGGCGGCGCGAGCAGCGGCGCGCUCGGCGGCGGCGGAGCCGACGCGGACGAGAUGCCCGAGGUGUGGACGGUCGACGUGGGCGCGGGCGGCGUCUCGAUUUGGCUUGUCCGCGCGCCCGACGAGCUUGCGUUUCGGCGCGCGCCGCCGUCGACCGAGCCGACGACGCUGCUCGUGCUCCCGGCGUCGACCGAUUGCGAGCGCGACGCGGCGGCGCGCCUCGCCGCCACGCUCGGCGUCUGGUCGGACUCGGCUUCGCUCGAAGAAGACGCGCCGCGGCUGGCGCUUCUCGCGGCGACCGCGAUCCUGCACUCGGGCGCGCUGACCGCGCGAGGCUUGCGAGGGCGCGCGACCCCCCCCAUCGGCUCCUUUUGCGACCAUCGGCCAGAUUACGGACGAUUGGCGGGCCGUCACAGCGGAAGAGCGCUGUCGAUGGCGUCCCACAUGUGGCCCUACGUCCACCAACGCCGCCUGUAUGUCCCUGAUCACCACGAUGGUCGGCUCGGGCGUGCUCGGCUUCCCGGCCCUCUUUGCCAAGGGGGGCUGGCGGCCAUCAAGGGGGUCUCGACGGUCCCCCGGGCGGGAAUCACCGCCAACGUCUCGCUCGGCGUCGGCGUCGCAGCCUCGCGCGCAGGGGCCGCCGCCGCCGAACGGCUCGGCCACAACUUUGAGGGCACGCAGACGCGACUGGGCGCGGCGAUCCGCGCCAUCGGCGCGCGCUUCCCCUUCCUUUCCCCCCUCACCGCC